UCUCUCAGUGAAAUCUGAAAUACCAGACGAACACAUGCGAGCGUAGUCUCUACGAAUCUGCACUGAAAUUUUGUUAAACAGGAAAAGAAAUCUUGUAGCAUUCUUGCAGCAGUAUCCGACGAGACAUAAACGAAUGACUUGCUAUUUCGAACGUUGACGAAACUACAUUUUUGCUGAAAUUGUCUACACAAGCCGAUAUAAAUAGUCCACAAUGAGUUUUCAGUGGGGUUUAAUUGCAACUUUUCUCUAUAUUGAGAUAGCUGUUGUUUUCCUACUCCUUCUGCCAUUCAUCUCUGCUCAGAGAUGGAACAAACUUUUCAAGUCAAGUUUCCUCAGAGGUCUAGGUCAGCAAGUUCACAUAUACUUCUAUGUCAUCCUUGCAUUCCUGGUUCUCUGCUUAUUCGAUGCUAUUCGAGAGAUGAGGAAGUAUGAUGUUACUCACGAUGGGAAAGCCAAGGAGCAACAACACCAACAUCUAGAGCAAGAACUUCGAAAUUCUAUGGUGCUUUUUAGAGCCCAAAGGAAUUUUUACAUUACUGGAUUCUCUCUGUUUUUGAUAUUCGUUAUUCGUCGUUUGAUGACACUGCUAGCUGCUCAAGCAACUUUGGCAGCAACCAGUGAGGCCGCUAUGCGCCAGGCCACUUCAGCUUCGAAGGCUGCGGAAGAGUUAAUGUCCCAGAAAGACAAAUCCGCUAGUGAUGAAAACGUUAAAGAGGCUGAAGAAAAGAUUUCCAAUUUGGAGAAAGAAUUGGCUGAUGCCAAGAAAGAGAGGUCUCAAGCCGUGAAAGACCUUGAAGCUUUUAAAUCACAAAGCGAAGGUGUUGCUCGGGAAUACGACCGUCUCGCCGAAGAGCACAGUAAACUUGUAAAGAAAUUGGCCGUCUUAGAAGGAGAAGGUGGGUCUGACAAGAAAGAUGAUUAAAAAUGACCUUGGUUGAUCUGUUGGUUAUGAAAUAACAUGCUUGUCCUUUUGUUUGUCACUUUGAAAAUUAUGGUAAUGCUCUAUAAUCUAUCUAGCUUUUACAAACAAUAAAAUCCAGACUAAAACAUAA